AUGCAGCUGUCACCACACGAGAAGGCACUUCGCCGGACAAGAUCGUCCGCCAGCGCCACAACCUACCACAGUUUCCAUGAUAUCGAGUUAUACGAACCGAUGACGGUGCGCCGCAUGGGACAGAAUGAAUUCAAGCCGACUCCCAUGCAGCGUCAUGAUUCUGGCUAUGCAUCGAUACCUUCUGGAUCAAAAUCGGGUGACUCCCACAGUUCGGGAAGACGAACCUCCACAACGUCUAGCAGCUCAUCGCAUGCACGUCCCCGUACGAGACCAUCCAUUCACCGAGCCGCCAGAUCAACGCCAACUCCUAGGGCGAGCAUAGUUGGCGGUUACUCGGUGCAACGUCCAAGGUCACAACAACAUUCCUCGGCCUACUUUCAAUUCCCGAGCCUCGAGGGACAAUUGACAGUCGACGAGGAUGUGCAUGAGGUUGACGAGCCGCUCUAUCCUCCACCUCCACAAACAACCCACUAUUGGACAAGUGAUCAUACAAGGCGACUCGAAUAUGCUGCCAUCGAUAACGCCAGCCAAGGAGUCAAGGGUUGGAUAUUGAAGUACAUUGUGCCUGACUGCUUCGUACCGAAGCAGAACCGACGACUCGGCUUCGACGACGACGAUGGCAGCGUUCGACGUUAUCGCCUCGAACUCGAUUGUGACGACCAUACGGAAAAGGGGUGCAAGAAAGGCAAGAAGAUGGGAUGGUUGGUGGGUCGCUGCUGA